AUACACACUCAGCGCUUUGCGCAAGUUUCCAGCUUUUGAGCUUUGAUAAGUGCUGGCAACGGCCUGCCGACAUAUCACCUCAUCUCUGACUUCAAAUCAUGAGCCAGUCAUUCCGUGUCCAUUAUUCGUGUACAUGAUUUUCCGUCUACGUGAAUAGUGUUUCCCCAUCUUCAUGAUAUAGUUCGUGUUUUUUCAGUCCGUUAUCAGUGAAUCUUGGAUCGGUUUUAGUGAUCUCCCUUGUCACCAAUAUCACCCUUUCUCCCAAAGUUUUGAUGUGAAUCAUUUUGCAGUUGAUAAGAGUUGUCACUCAUGGGGCAGUCUGGAAGUACACUCAAUCAAGCUCAGCGGUCGCGUGGCGGGGCGGGGCUGAACAAUCUGCCGCCGCUGCUGUUCCACCAGGUGCACGGAGAGAACAUCCAGAUCUCCCGCAACGGCGCCACGGCCCAGCGCGUCGAGAGCUUCUGCCGUGGAGUCACCUUCAGCGACCGGCCCGUUCUUAUCCAGGAAAAAGUUUGCAUCAAGUUCGUUUCCGUCUCAAAGAAUUGGAGUGGUGUUAUCCGGUUCGGUUUUACGAGUAAUGACCCUAAUAAUAUUCGCCAUGGUUUACCAAAGUAUGCUUGCCCAGAUCUAACAAAUAAACCUGGGUACUGGGCCAAAGCCUUAGCUGAAAGGUUUGCCGAGGAAAAUACGGUUUUGUUUUACUAUGUGACGAACGUAGGCGAUGUUCAUUAUGGAAUCAACGGAGAAGAAAAAGGCAUAUUCUUCACCGGUGUGGAGACACGGAAUCCCCUUUGGGCGAUGAUAGAUGUUUACGGCAAUUCCACUGCUAUUGAAUUGCUCCCAGACUCUAGACAUCAAUUAAACAAUGCUAUUAGGAACCCAAUACAUGACAGCAUUCCAAGUGUGCAGCGACCUUUGCCUAGCACUGACAGUCUCGUGACCUCCCUAUCUGUACUCAACAUUAACAACUCAAACCACAAUAUCUACAAUGAGAGCUCUGCGCAUGCAAAUCACGCAGCCCAGUCCACGACCGCCACCAUUAACGGUCCACUCCGAUAUCAAGACACCACUAAUCAGUUCCAUCCAUUUCCUUUUCAUAAAACCAAAGGUAGAAAUGUACAUCUUAGUCCAGACUCAUUAGUUGCAACCCGCUGUGAUACUGAAUUUUGUCAGGGUUAUGUUUUUACUGCAAGGCCUUUGCGGCUAGGAGAAAAAAUUGUCAUUCAGAUUUUAGGAACAGACUCCAUAUUCCUCGGUGCACUAGCUCUAGGACUGACAUCUUGUGAUCCAUCUACGCUUAGCUCUGCUGACCUCCCAGAUGACUCUGACCUCUUGCUGGAUCGACCAGAAUACUGGGUUGUCAGCAAAGAUGUAGCCGGAGCGCCGAAAGCUGGCGAUGAAUUAACGCUCUGUAUUAGUUUCAAUGGUGAAGUCCAAAUGAGCAAAAAUGGAAGUCCGCCAGCGACAUUGAUGCAUGUCGACCAGACACUUCGUCUAUGGGCCUUCCUUGAUGUCUAUGGCUCAACUCAGAAAAUUAGAUUGUUCGGCACAGAAAGUCCAGUUUCACUUGCCUGUUCUCCGCCAGCAAUGAGGAGUAGUCUAGUCGAUAGCCAGCUGCGUGUUAGUUUUCCAGAGCAGAAUCACCAAAACCAACUUAAUCAACACAAUGGAGGUCACCGCGUCCACCAAAACCCUCCACCCCCUCCAUCUACCUCUGCGCCUCCGCGCUUGCGACUUCCAGACAAAGCCUCAGGAGUUCAAGUUGGUGCCAAUGGGACCGUGAUUGUAGUGAACCUGUCUCCCGCUCAGUCAAACUAUUUCAACCAGGAGCAAGCAACGCCUUUUGUCACUGCCCAGCAGUCGCGUAUCUUAAUGCCUUCGGUGUCUCAUCCCUCAAAUCCUUCCGGCACCAUGAUGUCCAAUUGUAGUCACACGUAUAUUGAGCCUGUAAAUAUGCUAGAAGGAACGCUAGCAGGUGGUCCAUCAAUGCAGGAGUGGGUUCAGAACGCUGCGCACAGCAAUACGCUAACGGGCAAUGAAUGCUCCAUCUGUUACGAACGCUCCAUAGACUCUGUUCUGUACAUGUGUGGGCACAUGUGCAUGUGUUACGAGUGUGCUGUCCAACAAUGGCGCGGCAAAGGUGGCGGCCAGUGCCCCAUGUGCCGGGCCCCAAUCAGGGAUGUCAUCCGGACCUACAAAUCCUGAACCCAAAUGUCAGCUUUGUAAACUCCCAAAAAUUGUCAGACUGAGUAAUUUUUUGUCAAUUUGUUGAAUUUGUUGUCUCUUUGUUGUCAGGGGUAGGAUGAUAGGAAUUUUUUUUUACUUUUUUUUUAUUGAACUCUGUGUAAUGAUCUACUUAUUUUAAUGCUAAUGGGACUCUAGCAACUGUUCUGGAAUGAUUUUUUGUCAUGCACCCUUUAGUUCAAGAGCAUUUAAUGGAUUAUAAAUUAUUAAGAUAUGUCGAGUUUCCUGGCAAUUGAUUUGAAGGAAUACCAAAACCAGUGCUAUCAUUCUGCACAAUAAUUUUGCUUGUAAUGUUUUAACAUGACUGUAUGGCUUUACUUGUUACUAUCCUAAAAAUUGAAGUUCCUAAGAAAUAUUUUUGAGUAGCUGUAGACACUUAAUCUUUUUCAGAGUGUUUCAUCUGGCAUUGAAUUUUGUUUAAGUGUCAACUCUUACCGUAAAUUUACUCUUUACUGACAGGUUUUUUGCAUUCUCAAGGAGUGAAUGUAUUUUGUAAAAACUGGUCAUUAGAAUAAAGAAAAGAAGUGAAUUUUUUUUCAUCGCUGUGACCAUUUUCUCGGUAAUUUUGAGAAAUUGAAUUAUCAGCGAUCAGAUUAUCUUUCCACUGCUGGUAGCCUUUGCAUGAAAAAUAUCAGUCUUGAUCCUGCCAUUCCAGCGAGAUCCUUACAGAACAUUUGUAUUAAAACUCCUCGUCACUUUUGUAAGCUCUGAGUUAUAAAAUAGUCAAGAAUCUCUCAUGAAGAUAAUCUUUCUUUACAACUUAAACAUUUUUUAAUACAUAUUAUCCUCUUUUAUUUCCGUACCUUAGUUAGCACGACUUGCUGAUUCAUUAUGAGAAUUAUGUUGUUAACAUUGAAUAUUUGUGUUGGAGGUAAUAUGAUUUCUCAACAGAAUAGUGCGAUCCAUAUUCUUAUGCUAUUUGCAGCCUCUGACAUUAGGCUGUCUUUUGUGUUAAUACUGAUAGCAUCGCUGAUCCAGUUAUAAAUCAGUUCAGUCCAGCAAUGGUGUAAUUUAAUCAUAUAAAGUAUACCUGUAAGCUUUAUCAGCUCAGUUGAGCCUAAGUCAAUUAUUUCGAAAGCAUCCAAUCUCCUUUUUCUGGAAAGCUCUUUUUGAUUAUCACUGUCGAACUUAAUUCGUCUCCACUUUUUCAUUUAAAAUUAUCUUCAGGCUCUCAAAAGUGUCCUUCCAGAGCAUUCAAAAAACUUAACUUUUCAUCCAAAAACAGAUCCAGGCAACCAAUUGUGUGCUAAAUUAAUAUGAAAGGAAGGAGAAAUGGAAAAUUAUAUAACUUAAACACACUAAAUAAAUUGAUGUAAACACCUUUUCGUUUUGAAAAGUUAGAAUUUCAGUCUUGAAGAAGGGACGGCAGGGUCCUAAAAUUUGUAGACGUUUAUUUUAAUUUAUUUCGUGAGUUGAAGUUCUCCAGUUUUCUGUCUCUCUCUUCUCUUUUAAACGUUUCGCAUCAAGGUAAAAUGAGCAUUUUAGAAAAAUGAGAUUGUUUCUUUUAGAAAUGAGAGAUUUAUUAUCUUCGUUGAUUAUCCUAUCCCUGAAUGAUGCUCUUAAUUUAUUUUUAAUGUACAGUUUAAAGUUCUUUACGAUGGAUCUUAGUCAAUUUAUUCAGUUUCCUUCCCGAGCUGUUCUUGUAUCAUUCUAAUUCCCAUCAAAAUUACUUCUGAUUUUUAAGAAUGUGUGCAACCUUUAAAAUGUUGUAUCUUUGUGGCCAAAUUUGACCCUUAUAACAGUAGGUUUCUAGCAAUCGUGUUCCUAUUUUGACUCAGGUUGUACAGACUUUUUCAGUUUUUUCUUUCUUUUUUUAAAUGAUAUUUGAUACUUUUGGAAAAUACAUCUUUAAAAGUGAAAAUCCUGACAUUGAGAGACCGAGCUACCAAGAUCCAUCAUUUGAAGAGUAUUUUUGAAGAAAACUUCAGCAAUAAGAAACAUCUUAGUAUCUCUGUUCAUCGUUUUGAAGCAGUUUUGAUGGAAAUGAAGAUUCUCAAGGCAGCUUUUUACUAUUGAGGCAUUUAUGUUUUUCCCUUUUUUAUGUUUGUAAUUAUCCAUUUUGAUGUAUAUUUGUAAAACCCAAGCGAAAGCAAGAUAUUGUUUAUUUAUGUUUUAUGUUUCUGUCGGUUAAUUUUGUUUACUUGUUCUGAUAUUCUAAGUCUUAGAUUAUAAAGAAAUUUUUACAAUGUGUACCACGUACCAAAAAAAACAAAGAAAAAUUAAGAGAAGAAAUAAAAGUCAUUACAUUAAUACUGAAACA